AUGUCCGUGAUACCGCCUCCUCUUCAAGAAAGUAUACAAACAGAGAUAAUCGUAUUGAGUCUCACAACCGUCUUUUUCGAGAUUACUUUGCCGAGGAACCGAAAUUUGAUGAGGCUUUUUCGAGAUUAUAUUCUGUUAUUGGCUUGGUGUGGCCAGUACACGCGGGGUGAUCAUAACGGGUCGACGAUAUCACUUGAAGCAGUGACGUCACAGGAUUCUUGGAUUUGGCACGCAUACUUUGGUGUUUUCGGUUCAAACAACGACAUUAAUGUGUUUAACCAAUCUCCUUUGUUCAAUCCCUUUGAAGACGGCACAACCCCGCUGGUUCCUUUCACUGUAAAUGGAACCGAAUAUAAGUACCCGUAUUUUCUCGUGGAUGGGAUCUAUCCAAGAUAUGCGAUGUUUGUAAAAACGAUUUCUCAUCCAACUGGUGAGAAAAGGAUUCGAUAUGCUAAGGCACAAGAGGCUGCAAGGAAGGAUGUGGAGCGACUUUUUGGUAUUAUCAAAAAGAAAUGGAAAAUACUUAGAGAACCGGCACGACAGAUGGAAGAAAUCUCCAUCCGUAAGAUCAUGUAUGCAUGUUGUAUUCUUCAUAACAUGAUUUUAAAAGACGAGGACCACACUAUAAGUCUUGAUUACAUUCCAGAUCCCCCGGUUGUGCCACAGCCAUCGGAUGAUCGACUGGCAGAGAUAUAUGACCCAAGCGUUCACGACGAUCUUUGGAUGGAUCUCAUUGACCAUAUUCAUCGCAUAUUCACCCCGGGCAUCGAUCGCUAG